GUACGGGAUCCUGGUGGACCCCAUCCAGGUGGUCUCCCUCUUCCUCAAAGACCCCUACAGUUGGCCCUCCCUCUGCCUGGUCAUCGUGGCCAACGUCUUCGUGGUGGUGGCCCUGACCCUGGAGAGACGGUUGGCAGCGGGCUCCCUCUCGGAGGGUGCGGGGGCCGCCCUGCACGCCUUCAACCUCUUGGCCAUCCUCUGCUUCCCUGCCGCCGUCGUCCUUGUGGUCACCUCCAUCACUCCAGUGGGGGCCGUCUUCGCUUUGGCCAUCUACACCAUCAUCUUCCUCAAGCUCUUCUCCUUCAGGGAUGUCAAUAAGUGGUGUCGGGAGAGGAGACAGGCAAAAGCCACCCCUGGGGAUGGCUCGGCCGUGGGGGCCAAGAAAGCCAACGGGGACGUGGGGAAGAGCGAGGUCUCCUACCCAGCCAACCUCACCUACAGGAAUCUCUACUACUUUCUCUUUGCCCCCACCCUGUGCUACGAGCUGAAUUUCCCCCGCUCCCCCCGGGUGCGCAAGCGUUUCCUCCUCCGGCGCCUCUUCGAGAUGCUCCUGAGGCCCCCCCCACCCCCACCGUGGCCUGGAGCUGCUGCUGUGUCCCCGCAGUACUUGGUGAGUGUCCCCCUGAAGAUGUUCCGGCUGUGGGCGUUCAUGGGGAUGGCGGCUCAGGUCCCGCUGGCCUGGUUCGUCUCCAGGUUCCUCAGGGGUAACUACGGGAACGCAGCCGUCUGGAUAUCGCUGAUCAUCGGGCAGCCUAUCGCCGUCCUCAUGUACGUGCACGACUACUACGUGCUCAACUACGAAGGCAACCAGUGA